AUUAACCCGUGGUGUUUUGGCUAUGAUUUUGACCAGGUUAUUCUGUGAUUUUUAAUGUAAUUAUUAAUUGAUUCCAAAGUUUUUCAAGGGAAAUGGAGACAUCUAGCGACGGAGCUCACUCUGCUGGAAAACCCUGUGCUGAUUCAAAUAUGAGUGUCCCUAAUUUCAAUUUGAAACUGGAUGAUUUCAAUCUUAAUGAAAUCGGGGGCCUGGAUGGCCUGAUAAGCAGUUGUGAAAAUGAUCUAUUUUCAAAGGACGGUUGGCUGUGUAAUGAAGAGGAUCAACUCUUGCCUCUAUUGAACAGUGACAGUAUGAAGAUGGAAGAUGACCAUUUGUUACCUUUGUUAAAUGGUGACACAAUGAAAAUGGACCAAGACGUCUCGUUUGAUUUUUUUAAUCUCCCUAAUAAUUUACUGGAUGCCUCAAGUGACUUGCAGAAAAAUCAUGUCAAACCAGAACGAAAUCCCAUUCAAAAAAUGGACACGAGUCCGAAUAGUACUUCCCAACCGUUCCUCUCAGGCUACUCUGAUUACUUAAUGGCACCCUCUCGGACAGAAAAUGUUUCACUUUUGCAAAAUGUUAGUUUACCAGUCUCGGCUGCUGUGCUACCAGGAAACAUGCAAGGUCAAAUAUCAAUGCAACCAAGCCAACCUGUGUCUCGCACUGAUGCUGCUAAUUUCGGUAAUCCUGGCAGCACAAGUUCAAAUGUAGUCCUGAGCAGUGGCGCUAACACCUACAACCACAGGGCAGUGAUGACUAGCAACCAAACUAUUCUCAGCUCAUCGCAAUCACCAAAAGGAAGUCCCAAGACUUCAGUGGCUGCGCAAUCCCAAGUUCCUGUUUUUUCCAAUAUUAAACCCAAGCCAAACCAGUCAAAUUUUCUACAGUCUGUUCAUUCACAGUCCUCAAAUCAACCGCCAAACAAGAAAAAUAAAACCGCAGUGAAAGCGUCUAACAAUCAAGUGGUCACUGUCCAACCUCUCCACAUUCCUGGCAAACAGGUACUUGUUCAAGCUAAUUUAAAUGGACAACAAACGGUCAUGUACACUACAAAUCCAGCCACAACCAGUGUGAAAUCAGAACAUAUAUUGAUGAACGCAGGAACUAUUUUAACUACAGGCAUUCCAGUCGUACUCGAUGCAGAAAAUUUUGCCCUGAAUCAAAUUCCAGGCACAAACGUAUCCAUGAAAUUCCCAAAAAAAGAAGGCAAGCGGAACUCACACAAUGCCAUUGAAAGACGGUACCGCACAAGCAUAAAUGAUAAAAUCAUUGAACUGAAAGAUAUGAUCGUGGGAACUGAAGCUAAACUCAACAAGUCUGCAGUCUUGAAGAAAGCGAUCGACUAUAUCCGAUUCUUACAAAACAGUAAUGCUAAGUUGAAACAAGAAAAUAUGGCUUUAAAAAUGGGUCAGAAACAGAGUAUAAAAGAUCUGCUAACAACAGCAGAAGUGCCAGAUGUUGGAGGGAUCACUCCUCCUCACUCGGAUGUUUCAUCGCCCUCUGUCUCAGACACAUCUCCCUCACCACCGCCGUCUCCCCAUGAUUCAAUUUACUCUAAUGAGACAAAAGAAGAUCUUCUACCAGGAAUUGUACAAAAUAUUGCGAGUCAUACACGAACAAUGCUCUGUGCCUUCAUGCUGUGUGUGGUAGUAUUUAAUCCGCUUGGCCUAGCAUUCAAUCAGUUAUCACCUCAAUCUCCACUCGCUGCAGACUUUAGCUCAUCCAAAGAGAGCAGAAUGAUUCUUAAUGUUGAUCAUAAUAGCGAUUACGGAAACGAAAGAUUGGGCUCAAGGUACAGCCUUUCAUCUGUCUUUCUGUGGCUUCUCAACAUGCUUAUUUUGGUAUUUUGUUUCACAAAAAUCAUGAUUUAUAAAAGUCCCGUGAGAAACACAAAAUCCAAAAACGCAACCUUAUUUUGGCAACAUCGAAAACAGGCAGAUUUCAACUUAGCUAAGGGUGACAUCAUGGGAGCCAAACAAGAACUGAGCAUGUGCUUAAAUGUACUCUCUCUGCAACUACCAGUUUCCAACAUGGAACUCUACUCAUCUCUGUUCUGUGAAAUUUCUAGACAAAUAAUGAAUCGACUAUGGAUUGGUAGUCUCUUCAGUAAAUAUACGGGAGGAAUUUUUACUAACUCGCAAACUCGGAAGGAGACAAAAAGUUGGCUCCAGGAAGUUUCAGUCGUUUAUCUGAAACUUCAGCAAUUAUCUUUGGCCUCAAACAGUCAACCCUCUCAUCCACAUGGAAUCUAUCUAGCAUUAAGUGCUCUCAAUAUGGCCGAAGCAGCUGGUGUUCAACCCAUAGCUGAUUUCUACGUGGCAGUCGCCCUGCAGCUCAAAGCAUCGCUGCCAGGAAUUUUUCAGCUGUACACAAGAUAUUACCUAAGUUCGGCCCGACGGCAUUACCAGAAUUAUCCAGCGUCCCAUCUUCAUUGGCUGAUGACUCCAUACGGUUACCGAUUUUUCAUCAAUCAAAAGUGGUCUUAUGGACCAACAUCUUCUUCGCUGUUUGUCUCGCCACCUGAAAAAUGCAAUCCAUUGGCUUUUGUCGCCAGGGUGUAUCGGGAACAUCUCAUCCUCAGAGCUCUUCAAACACUGGUUGCACCUGGAGGUCAGGUGGAUUCAACAAAUGGCGAUGAACCAGUCCGCAGAACGCAAACCCCUGAUGUUCUCCUCUAUAUUCAACUUCUCACGGAAAAAAGUGGAACGCACUCUCUGAUGUGUCCUCCAAAACAGGGCCCUGUUUCUGAUGAAAUUGCAAAUUGGUGGGCUAGUGUAAUUGCUGUUGGAGCGUAUUGGAUACUUGGCGAGGAUAAACAAGCAGAAUCAUUCUAUCAGAAGGUGGAGUCUAUCCCUGUUUCGCUUCAGAGCGAAAUCCUGCCGAAAGCAGUUUUAGCUUCAUUCAAAUGCCGUCAAGCUUGCUUUGGAUCCUAUCGCAAGGGGAGCUCACAGGCAAUUUUUAGGGCAUGUAAUGUGGCAGGUCAGCUUUUGGCUGAAGCUUUGACUUUCGUUGAAUGCAAGGAACCAGACUCCAAAGUUUUAUUGACGCAACUACUCGCCACUGAUUGGCUUUUAGAAACUCGAACUAUUUUGUGGGAAGAAGAAAGCGGAUCUAGAAAUCAAGAGCCAGUCCCACCAGCCAUUCUUGAGGCUUUCCAAAGAGAUUUGUCAUCUCUGAAAAAAAUGACUCAGUUCAUCCCGUCUUCUCUGGCCAAAGUGUUCUUGUAUGAGGCUUUCGCCAGGUUGAUGGCUGGCGCCGCUCCUGGUAAAACACAGCAACUCAUAGACAGAAGCUUGCGGCAAAGACACCACAAAUCGUCUAUCAUCUGCGGGAAAGAGAAAUCACACCCAGAUGUUGGGGGAGACAGAGAACAUGCCGCUGCCCUAUAUUUAGCAUGUCGGCACCUGCCAUCACCGCUGUUGGCCUCACCUGGAGAGAGAGCUGGAAUGUUAGCUGAAGCGGUCAAAACUUUGGAGAAAAUCGGAGAUAAGAAGAAGUUGCAAGACUGCUAUAAACUCAUGAAAUCUCUGACCAGUUCCACUGUAACCAACUGAUCUAUGGAAUUAAUCAUAACUGCAGCUCAGGAUUUUAAUAUUCAUAAUUAAGUUUUUGUAGGUUUUUAACUUUAAAAAUCAAAUUUUAGUAUAGACUAUCACUCCCUUUUGAAGGCUCAUAAUUUUUUCUCGUCUAGUAAGACAGAUCAGACUUCCUCGAGUGAGGAUGUUACAUUGUAUAAUGUAAAACAACUUAGCUUUAGAGUUUGGAGCAAAUACUAAAUUUAAGGUCAACUUGCAUUGUAAAUCUUAGGAGAUCGUGGUUUUUUCUUCGAUGAUAGGCUUGGAAAUUUAUGACAGUUCAACGCAUACUUUUACAAGUGUAGACAGCUUUAGCGGCUACGCCAUAGUUUCAUAUUGCAGUUCUGGUGGUUCAAAUUUAAACAGACAUAUGACCUUGACUUAUUCACGCCAAAGUGGUAAAAUCAGUCUAGGUGUUUCUUUCAAUCAAUUUUCUCAUGUUCAAUGAGUCAUUAAUUUUAUAUGACUUGUUAAUGAAAAAUUUACAACGAAUUAAUGCAAUUAAAUUUCACAGAAUUUGGAGUAUAGGUUGAUUUAAACUAUUGUACAUUAAUUGAGCUGUUUCGCAUUCACUGCAAAUCAUUAUGUCAAAUAUCCCAAGAAUGACAUAGCCACUGAAUUAGUCCAUAUGGAAUAUAUUUCAACGUUCCCUCAUCUAGGAACAUUACCUACCCUACUGUUGCCAAAGUUUUGGCGUAAUAUUUUUUAUCCAGUAGAUUGGAGAAACGUAUUUAAAGAGCUUGAUAAAAAGUCUAAUUACAUUAUUUUAUUGUUGGAUUUGUAUGCUUGUUAUGUAGUGUGUAUACUGAUCAAAUUUUAGUUUUUUAUCCAAAUUCUCAACCUUAUUUGUACUGUUCAUUCUUUGUUUGUUAAUAUGUAGAUAAUUACAGUAUCUAUAAUUUUCA